CGUCUGAAACCAUGAAAGUGGAGAAAAACGUUAAAAUAUCGUCUUCUAAUGUGACCGUCUCCCUAAAUCUUCACGUUUUGGUCGGUGAGUUUGAAUCCGUUUUUCCUCUGGCCGUCCGUGUUUUACUCCCAGAGCUUUAAAAACUCAACUCACCGAACUACAAGAAGGCACGAGCGUUUACGACACUGCCCGUCGACAUACGGCAGCGGAAAGUGCUUCAGCUGCGGGAAACAUGUGCAGAGCUCCGUAGAUGAGGAAGGUGAGAUUCUCCUUCCGGUCUCGGGAUGAGGAGCGGCUUCUGCUUUGAUCUUGAAGCAUCGGUACCGAGAGAGGAACACCUGAGCUGCACCUGAACCGGAGCCUCCACAUGGAGAACUACAGCAGAGCUCGCAGCGUGGAGCAGCCGUCCGUCUGCCCGUUCGCCGGCCUCGCCGCUGACACGCCUGAGCUGCGGGUCAAAGACGGCAGCAAGAUCCGCAACCUGCUGCGCUUCGCCCUGAGCCGCAUGGAGGCCAAACGACGAGGGGGGGAGGAGGACGAGGGCGGGCAGAGGGUCCACGCCGCCUGCCCACAGAUGGUCUUCACAGCCAGCGGAAAGGCCGUCUCCAAGGCCAUCACCUGCGCCGAGAUCGUGAAGCGGCGGGUGAAGGGGCUCCACCAGCUGACCCGGCUGCUGCACAGCACCGUGGUGGAGGUGUGGGAGCCGCUGGAGCCCGCCGCCGGCCUGGACAGCCUGAACGUCAGCCGGAAGCUGCCCGCCGUCUGGAUCCUGCUGUCCAGAGAGCCGCUGGACAGCAGCCAGCCGGGGUACCAGGCACCCGGUUGCUACGACAACCUGUGGGCCCUGCCUACCAGCAAGGAGGAGGGCGGGGGGAUGAACCCAAAGAGGCCGGGGUCCAGGAGGAAGAGGGGAGGAGGAGCAGGAGGUGGAGGAGGAGGAGGAGGAGGCAGCAGGGGAAAAGGGCGACCCAGAGACGCAGCAAAAGGAUGGAACUGAUUCUAAAGCGGUUUGACUUCAGUGUGAACAGAUCCAGACUCAUGAGGACUGAAGAGACCAGAGGAGAAAAUAAAGUUUAUUUGCUUUUUUUUACCAGUGAUUCUAUGUUCAAUGUGUGACUCUAUGUGUGGGCGGAGCCAUUGUGCCUAGAGAGAGACUGCUCAGAGCUCAGAGGUCGUCAGCGACCUUUGACCCCCACAGCAGUGCUCUCUGGAGGUGUGACGGCUGUGUGCUCUCAGAACUGUUCUGUCUGGUUCACUAAUAAAGUUUGACCUCAUGAUGA